UACCACACCUGUUGUGUUUUUCUUAUGUAAAAUAUUCCAGACAAAUUAUCUUACCAACUGGAUUCAUCGGAUUUAUUUCCGCCACCAGUUGCGUGUGCAAGUUCAACCAUUAAUCAUGACAUCAAAACAAAAAGCAAGCCUGCGUUUUGUCACCUGGAACACAAAUGGUAUAAAAUACCCACCUGAAAAGUUUGUUAAUGUAAGGAAUAUUCUAAGACGUCUUAAUGCUGAUGUUGCCUUUAUACAAGAGACACAUGUUGGGACACAAUGUGUCAAAAUCCUACAAAAUGUUCCAGGCUGGAGAUCCUACUUCACUGUGCACAGCUCCUGCAGCAAAGGCGUCGCUAUACUGAUAAAAAACAGCGUGCCAUUUGACUACAUAUGCUGUGAUGAGGAUUGUUGUGGAGGUUACAUUGUGCUAUUCUGUCAUCUGUAUGGUGAACUGUACACUCUUGUCAACGUGUACAAUCAUAACGCAGACAGAAUUGUCUUGGGUAGACUGAAAGAGUAUUUGAUGGAAACAGCUGAGGGUGUGUUAGUGGUUGGAGGGGAUUUCAACACAGUUUUAAAUCCCAGCAUAGAUCGGAAACCUUCAUCUACACGACAUUCACCGUUAGAACCUAUUUUACAAGACUUUACUAAAUCACUGAAGAUCAUAGACGUCUGGUCACAAAAACAUAGUGAUACUGAGACUGAGAACAGAUUUACAAGGAAACAGGUUGAGAGUUCUUCCAGAUUAGACAUGUUUUUACUGCAUGAGGACCAAAAGCAAAGGUUGAAUGAAAUUGAAGUGAAAAUUGAAAGCCUUUCUGAUCAUUAUCCUCUUGUCUUAGAACUCCACUGUCAGAUGCAAUUCGAAAGGAAACUCCCAAAGAUUGUAACAAGCUUAGAGAAAUUUGAAUACAAUUCUGACAGGAGAGCAGGGAAGAUUAGUGGAGCAGAAAUACUGAGUGCUAUAAAGUCCUUACCUGAGGAACACAGACAAGGUAAUUGGCAUUCACUGACUGAGACCUUAAAGCCAGAAUACAAUGAUAUGUUAAAAAGUCACAAGGUACCUGAAAACUUUAAACAUGAACAAGGCAGCCAUGAGUUCACAAAGAAAUAUCUGAUAUUUUCAGAGGUUUUGGCUAAGCGCCUCAAUGCAUUCCUUUCAGUAGAGACAAAAUGUAAUAUCUGCCUUAUCAUUGUGAUCUUUAAGAGCAGAAAACAGAAAAUCAGGUGGUCUUUCCUGAAUUCAAGAUUUCAAGAGCUAAAAAAUGAUAAACCAAAACAGGCCCCAUUUGUCCCACCAGCAGAUUUCAGCAUUCUAGAUUCCCUUCUUCCUAAAACCAAGAGCACUUCUGGAGAUCUCAGAGAUUUGCAGCCUGGCUGUCCACUAACCAGUGCUGUCCUUUAUCUGGCUCUGGACCAGCUGAAUCUGAUGGUCAGUGAUGAGGCUAUGAAAACCAUAGUUUGUUAUCACAAACAGACUCUGAUCAUACAUGCACAGCAGAACAAACAGGAGCAAAUUGGUAAGAUAGUAGAAGAAUUCAAGAAAGAUUCAAAUGUUAGACUGGAUGUCCAAUACCAUCAAUACAAACUCUAGGGUGAGUCAGAGUUACAAUUAGUAGUAAACUAAUUACAUGACAUUUAAAUAUCAUGAUCAUUUUGAAAUACUUUUAAAUAAAAACAAAUAAACCUACUUUGAUACUAAAUAUUUAAGGAAAUAUUAAGGAGCUUUUUAACA